GAGACUGGCAAGCAUAUCUACUCGCACCCGUGGGUCAACGUAGAGGGACAAAGAUGAUGCUGCUAUUUCAUUUCACUUCUUUGUCUUUCCUUUUUGUUAUAGAUGGCAAUGUUCAAGGCAGAACACUGGUAUGGCACAUAGAUUGGUCAAGGCGGAACACGGGUAUGGCACAUAGAUUGAUACAUAGAAAAGCCAGGCAACAACAUGAUUUGGGAUUUGGGACUCAUGAGAUGGAAAAUUGGGGAAAUGGCAAGCUUCCAGGUAAUGGGUAAGGAUGGGACACUGGAACUGGGGUAAUAUGGGACAUUGGGCAUGGGACAAGGAA